AUGCUCAAACAUCUCUGGCUGCCAUUCCUUCUUCUUGUGACAUCUCUGGUUGCCGUGUUGGCGAUUGGAGUAGUGGUGGCUGAUGAAACAACACACAGAUAUGAGGUUGGAGAAUCGGUUACUUUAUGGGCAAAUCAUGUUGGCCCACACUAUAACCCAUUAGAAACAUAUCCCUAUUAUGAAUCACAUGUUCCUGUUUGUAAACCGAAUGAUCCAACCAAGGGAGAAUUUAAAUUGGAAUAUAAAUCACUCUCUCUCGGAGAAGCCCUGCAAGGACAAGAUCUCGUAAAAGUCUACGGAAUUGAAACGAUUUUCAGAAAGAAUACCCCAAUUACACGUCUUUGCAAAAUGACUUUAACUCAAAAGGAAAGAGAACAAUAUAUUUAUGCUAUUGACAAUCAAUAUUGGUAUCAAUAUUAUCUAGAUGAUCUUCCAAUGUGGGCCAUGAUUGGAGGCUAUGCACUUACAAAGAAAGGAGACAAGAUUGAAAAAGUUCCUUUUGUUUACACUCAUCAAUUAUUUCAAAUUGAGUGGAAUGAAGAUAGAAUUAUUAGCGUAAAUUUAACAACAUCAAGAAGAAAACCAAUACUGGAAAACACAAACGAAAUUAGUUUUACCUACGAAGUAGUUUGGAAUCAAAACACUAAGCUUCCUUUUGAGCAACGAUUUGAAUUAUAUCUCGAACAAAAUUUCUUCCAACACAAGAUUCACUGGUUUUCCAUUAUUAACAGCUUUAUGAUGGUUUUGUUUUUGAGUGCUGUUGUUUUCAUGAUUUUAAUUAGAACACUUCAUAAGGACCUAGCUGCCCUUGAAAAACAUGCAAAAUCAAAACUUGGAGGAGAUAUCGAAGUCGGAAACGAAAGUGACAGUGAAUUUGAUAUUAUUGGAAGUGGAGACUCAUCUGACAGUGGUCCAUGGAAAAUGUUACAUGGAGACGUUUUUCGCAAGCCAACAAAUCUCACAUUAUUGUGUGCAGUGUUGGGAACAGGUUUUCACUUGCUCUUUUUGGCCCUAUUUUUGAUUGCACUCUCUAUUGUCAACACUUGGCAUGAUACACGUGGCGCUUUAUUGAGAGCGUUUGUCAUCAUGUACUGUGUGACUAGUUUCAUUGGUGGAUACUUCAGUGGUCAUUUCUAUUUGAAGUGGAAAGGAACAGGAGAUAGAUGGAUUAGAACUGCUCUUUGGACAGCUUGCAUUUUUCCAUUUACAGUAUUUUUUAUUUGUCAUGUGGCUUUUAUUACACUGCCAUUAACUUUUGUUGGUACUAUUGUUGGUAGAAAUUUCCCAUCUAAGAUUGGACCAAAAGCUCAUAGUUUUCCUUGUCAAGUCAACCAAUUCCCACGACCAAUUCCUCCAAAACCAUGGUACUUGAGCCCUUUAAGCAUGUUUUUGUUUGGAGGAAUUUUACCAUUUGGCAGUAUUUUUAUUGAGCUCUAUUUUGUCUUCACUUCAUUCUGGAAUUAUAAGUUUUAUUAUGUGUAUGGAUUUUUACUUUUGGUGUUCCUCAUCCUGAUUGUUGUCAUUGCUUGCGUUUCUAUUGUGACUACAUUCUUCUUAUUGAACUCUGAAGAUUGGAAAUGGGUGUGGCAUUGUGUCAUUGUUGGAACAAGUACUGGCUUUUAUGUGUUCCUCUACUCCAUUUACUUCCUGAAUACCAAAACAAGAAUGCGAGGUCUGUUCCAACUCGUAUUCUACUAUGGAAUCACAUUCAUGUUCUGUGCUGGUCUUUCGUUCAUGUGUGCAGCCAUUGCGUUCGCUGCCACCUACAACUUUGUUAAGCGAAUCUACAAGGAUAUCAAGGUGGAUUAA